CCUCUAAGCUGGUUUUCCAACCGCCAAGGCACAAGCGAAGAAGAGCUUGAAGCAGAAGCAGCAGAAGCAGCAGCAGCUAAACACAAUCGUGUGUCAAAGUUAUAGCUAUAAUGAUGUUACCGGGGAAUGCAGUCCCACAAGCCAGUGAUGAUGGAAAAAAUGGAAACAGCAGGAGGUCGUGUCCGUGGUACGGCUGCAAGCGUGUGUACACGGACGCGGAGACUCUGGAGAGCCACAUCCAUGACCAUGAGGCGCGGCUGCCGGCUGAGUCCGUCCCCGGGAAAGUGUUAAUGUGCUCCACUACUGGCUGCAGUGGUUCCUUUCCCAACAUGCAAAAGCUGAUGGAACAUAUGAGGCAUCAUCACAAGCCAAACAUCUAUUUUUUGUGUGAGAGUUGUCGUGCCAAACUGCGGUCGUACAGGGGCCUCCUGACUCACCUGCACACCUGUUCCAAAGUGCCACGGGGCAAAACGAAGGCAGGUGAACCCACCCCCGUUCAGCCUUCUCCUGUAGCCAAAUCAACCAGCUCUCCCACGGCUGCUGACCAUGAUGCCCCGCAGCAAGACUCAGCGUCCACCUCACUGCAGUUCUCCCCUCAGAUCCAAACCACAGAGUCUACUCCCCCUGCUGGUGUGAAUCAACUUAACAUGGCAGCCGCUCCUCCCGUCAAUCCACCAGCUUUGUCAAACCCAGAGCCAUCUUCUGCCCAGCCCAGUCUUCAGCAGCAGACAGAGGCAGCUUCUCAGUCCCAGUCCCAGCUCCAGCUCCACCUCCAGGCAGAAGUCACUAAACCACCCUCCUCUGUAAGCCCAGAUGCCCAAACAGUGACUGCUGAUCCACCUGAGUCCGUGGGUCAGCAUCAGCCACAGCCUGUGCCUGCCCAGCCAGUGAAACCUGCCCCAGGAUUGUCCCCCCUCUCCCCUCCUGGCUCCACAGCGGUCUGGAGGAAGAACCAAGGUUCCGCCUGCAAAGUCCGCAUCCUGUGGGAGCACACCAGAGGGCGCUACAAGUGUGUGCAGUGUGGCUACUUGGCAGCCAACCGUAGGGACAUGACGAACCACAUAAACACACAACACAGUGCCAAGAAGGCUGCAGUAGACACAGGUAGCCCGGCUGCUCACACCUAGUUUGGAAGCAGGUGGUGCUGGUGAGCUGGGGGAACACGCUGCAGGUUGAAGCCCAACGUCUUGUGCUUAUCUUCCCGUCCCAGAUGGAACGCAGAGUUCAUCCUCUACUUCAGUUAAACCCCAGACAGUCACAAAUUACCAUCUGUCUGACUGAGCGGCCCAGGAGCCUGCAGCAGUAUUAUACUGUAACUGACUGUCCAUAUUGUGAUUGAAAAGGACAUGGGAUGUACCUUCCAUAUCCACAAGCACUUAACAGAUGUUUUUUGUGCACAUCCAUCUCUCUCACACAAUUUUAGCCUCCUUCACCUGUCAGUUUCCUCUGAGGCUGGAGUGCUGGGCCUCUCAACAAACUCAUCACUCUUUGAGAGGAAAGUGUGGGUGACGAGCCAUUUAGUGUCUUAAAUCGUUUUUUUUUAAAUCACCAUCUUGUAGACUUGGUCGUCAUCUUAGUGAAACUUGUUGCACUGUUAACCUCUUCAUCAACAGGUAGUGAGAGAUCUGUUUUAUACAAGAAUAAAGCUGUGAGAUCGUUUGAUUCUGAA